AUGAUGGCGGAUGCGGCAACAGCUCAUGUGCUAUUCGAUGAAUUUGGACAGCCGUUUAUAUUGCUACGUGAUCAGGAGAAGCAGAAGCGUUUAACUGGUACUGAGGCAUUGAAGAGUCAUAUUUUGGCCGCACGUGCGGUAGUGAGCACGUUGAAAUCAUCCUUGGGACCACUUGGUUUGGAUAAGAUGCUUGUUUCGGGUGAUGGUGACGUGACAAUUACGAAUGAUGGUGCGACAAUUAUGGAAAAGAUGGAUGUUGAACAUCAUGUAGCUCGCCUCAUGGUUGAAUUAUCAAAAAGUCAGGAUGACGAAAUAGGCGACGGUACAACGGGUGUAGUCGUUUUGGCUGGUGCAUUACUGGAACAAGCAGAAGAUUUGCUUGAUAAAGGCAUCCAUCCGAUUAAAAUAGCAGAUGGAUUUGAUAUGGCAUGCAAGAAGGCAUUGGCAACAUUGGAAAAUAUUGCACAAUCAUUUCCCAUACAUAAUCGUGAACUGCUUAUUGAAUCAGCUAUUACUGCUUUGGGUUCAAAAAUCGUCAAUCGUUGCAUGCGACGACUUGCGGAAAUUGCCGUUGAUGCUGUAUUGUCAGUAGCAGAUUUAGAAAAGAAAGAUGUCGAUUUUGAACUAAUCAAAAUUGAAGGAAAAGUAGGAGGUCGAUUGGAAGAUACAUGCUUGGUGAAGGGAGUUGUUAUUGAUAAAACGAUGAGCCAUCCUCAGAUGCCAAAGGAACUAACUGAUGCAAAAAUUGCAAUACUUACUUGUCCAUUUGAACCACCGAAGCCGAAAACAAAGCACAAGCUCGACAUUACUUCAACUGCAGAUUUUCAAAGUCUACGAGAAUAUGAGCGGAUAACUUUCGAAAAAAUGAUAGGCCAAGUCAAAGAGAGUGGUGCUACUUUAGCAAUUUGCCAGUGGGGCUUCGAUGACGAAGCCAAUCAUCUUCUACUUGCUCACAAUCUUCCAGCAGUUCGGUGGGUUGGUGGACCCGAAAUUGAAUUAAUUGCUAUUGCAACUGAUGGCCGCAUUGUUCCACGUUUUGCGGAACUUAAACCUGAAAAACUAGGAAAAGCUGGAAGAGUUCGAGAGAUGGCAUUCGGAACUGCUAAGGCAAAUUUUAUUUCAUGUUAUGUUGCCAUUUACAGUGAACAGGAAAUAUUUUGCAUUGAAAUUGUGAUUGGAAGUACAUUUAUUGUGCAUGCAUUGCGAGCAGCACAUAACCGCAUGGAUCGUAUGCUCUGUAUCGAAGAAUGCCCUAAUAAUCGCGCCGUUACGGUUUUUAUUCGAGGUGGUAACAAAUUGAUGAUUGAGGAAUCAAAACGGUGUUUGCAUGAUGCUCUUUGUGUUGUUCGCAAUUUGAUCAGAGAUAAUCGAAUUGUUUACGGUGGUGGAGCGGCAGAAAUUUCUUGUUCUCUUGCUGUCGCAGAAGAAGCAGAUAAAAUUGAGAGUAUUGAGCAGUAUGCUUUUCGGGCUUUUGCGGAUGCUCUGGAAAGUAUUCCUAUGGCAUUGGCUGAAAAUUCAGGCCUUUCUUCAAUCGAUACAGUAACAGAUAUCAAGGCAAAGCAGAUCCAACAGUCUAAUCCAAGACUGGGCGUCGAUUGUCUAUCUGUUGGCACUAACGAUAUGGAAAAACAAAAGGUAAUGGAGACAUUGUUAUCGAAAAAAGCACAAAUAUCUCUUGCGACACAGGUAGUACGUAUGAUCCUGAAAAUCGAUGAUGUCCGAGUUCCGGAGUCCGAAGAACAGAGAAUGUGA